CACACCCUACAUACCAGCACAGGGCAGGAUCGUGUAGUCUUUGUACAUGCAGCACAUGUGUUGUGUUGUCAGAGUUGAACUUCCUCGUCCUGCAGAAGAAGGAGGAUAGAGGCGUGACGUCGCUGCCCGCAGAGAGGCCCGUACAGCACGGCAUCAGGAGAGAGGCAGGGACACGCCGUGCGGGGACGGACGCUGCUGCAGCCGCAGAACACACUGCUGCGAAACUCGGGGAGCAGCCAGCCAAGGCACAAAACAACCCGGCAACUUUGCAGAGACGACAGACAGCCAUAAUGCGGCACCGCCCGCCGACCCCAGAGCUGAUGUGACUGUGCACAGCCAGAGCAGGGAGGAAGCGGCGGACACCACCAGCACCUCUCCCCGGUUGCCUCGUCGCGGUGUGCGCGGCAGGUCGGUCGGUCGGUCGGUCUGUUUGUCUGGAGGGGGACAUGUCCUCGCUAACCGUAGAGGAGGACCAGAAAUGGUUACCGACACACGUCCAGGUGACGGUGCUGAGAGGCAGAGGCUUACGGGGCAAGGGCAAGCACGGCACCAGCGACGUGUACACUAUCAUCCAGCUGGGGAAGGAGAAAUACUCGACCUGCGUGCUGGAGAAGACCACCGAGCCGGAGUGGAGGGAGGAGUGCUCGUUCGAGCUGCACCCCGGCGUGCUGGAGAACGGCGGGCGGAGCAGCUAUCCGGCCGGGAGCAACGAGCUGGUCCUCAUCGUAAUGCACCGGGCGCUCAUUGGGAUGGACGUGUUCCUCGGGCAAGCGGUGAUCCAGCUGGAUAAGGUCUUUCAUGAGACUAGAUACGUCAAAAACGAGUGGUACAAGCUCAACUCUAAGACGGGGAAGAAGGAGAAGGAACGAGGAGACAUCCAAGUCAGCGUCCAGUUCACCCGAAACAACCUGACAGCCAGCAUGUACGAGCUGGUGAUGAAGGACAAGGGCGUCUCCACCUUCGGCAAGCUGAAAGAGCGCAUAAAGGGGAAGAGGAGAUCCAGCGAGGAGGACUCGGCCUCGGCUGUCCUACCGAGUGGUUACGGCUCCCUUUACCGGAUACGGCAGCGGCUCCCGAGUGAUGGAGGCGGGGAAGAGGACUACGAGGACGAUGAGGGGGGCGAGGCCCGGCGGAGCAAGAUGCGGACCUACUUUCUGAGAGGGAAGCUGAGGAAGUCAUCGGACACUCGUUCCUGCACGUCGCUGGGCUCGGAGAGCAGCGAGUCAUCGUCCCGGGGCGGGAGCCUCAGCCCCACGGCUGGCAUCAGCGUGGUGGUCUCUGACCUCUCCAACUCGCCCAGCAACAGCAGCAACCUGACGGCCGAUAACAGCCCAGAGCACACCGAAAACACGUCGCCCAAGGCGUCCUCUCUCACAUGUGAGUUUGGGGAUGAUGACGGCGAGAUCAGCAUCGCAGUGCCUCAGCCCACUGUGUGCGUCAACGGAAGCCAUGCUUACAGCAUCCAGCCCCUGGACCCCGGCUCAGGAAAACCUGCAGAUUCUCUAGGCCUGGGCCUGUUGCAGAAGUCUUUGCCUCUCUCCACGUCUCUGCAGAACCUCAGACCUUCCACCGACCUCCCCAAGGGCUCCGUCGGAGAUGGGCGCCGCUGGUCUUUCGACAAGCCCGGCGAGGAGGAGAAGGCGGCCAUAGCGGCGGCCCUGGAGCAAAGCGGCCCCAUGCUGGGGGAUGAGGACGAGCAGUCGGGACAGGCCGCUCAGCCUACAUCCGCUUCCUCCUCCUCUUCCAUGGCAGAGUCGGAAAGCCAGGGGAAAAAGCAGAGGAGGAACUUGCUCUCCCACGGGAGGAGUGAGUCUGCGGGGAAAGGGCAGAGUCAGUCCAAGGAUGAGUCUGAACAGGCCCCAGCUGCCACUGAGGAGAAACACAAGGGAUGGUUUGGAUCAAAGGACUCGCACAGCAAACCCAGCCUGGUGGUGUCACCUAAACUAGAGCCCAGCACUGACCCCCACCCACCACCCCUCCCACCCAGUCACCACCCCCCGGGUCCCCCUGUAGAUCCUGCCUCUGUGGUUUCUCCACUGCAUCACACUAACCCCUUCUGCCACUCACAGACUACACCACCUGCCAUGUCACCCUGCAACCCUUUCUUCUCUCUCCUCCAGCACAACCCUUUCUAUGACGACAUGCUAACCGCUCAGCCCCUAAAACCUUCGCUGCCUCCUCUGCCCUUUCUCUCCAGUUCCCGGCCCCCCAUAGUUCAACUCUUUCCGCAGGCGAGUAACCCUAACCCCAACCUGGCUCAGGACAACCCAACCACAGAGGACUCCGUCAUUGGUACAGAUGCAAAGAGCAAAGCGAUGGCCAAAGAUGAGAAACGACCUCUACCUCCAGUUCCCAUUGAAGAGGAGAAACCUUUAAGCAUGAAGUUGUUAAACCCUAUUGUGUCUGCCGGGGAGCUGGACCCAGAUUCAGAGUGGGACGAAUCUUUUGAAGCGUUUGCAGCUGGCAGGCUGCAGUCUCCUGAGGAUCUGACCACAAACUGCAAAACACAGCAAAACACACCCAGUGACCAUCCACUGGAACACUGCAAUGAUAAAGGAGCAUCAAUACCCUUAACAGAUCAAAACACAAAUGUAAACGACGCACUACAUCAUCAACCUUGCACAGAAUUUGUAUUCGAAGCACAUAAAGCCAUCCGCCAGGCGACCAACACUAACACCUAUCAUCUUGACACAUUUGCACAAUUCCUUGAGACAAUCCCAGAGCACACAAGCUUUGAGAGUGACAACAUAGCUUUAAAUGCUUUCACUAACUCACCAAAACUGGAUGCAUGCACCAAAACUAAUCACGCUAACAGUGCUACUAACACAAAUGAUUUAACCGAUACUAAUAUGCAUCAAGCCCCCUGUCACUCCUUAUCAGUAAAGCUCAACAGCAGCUCCCCAGAUCCUGGUUCUUCAGGUCUCGGCAGCUCAGCAGAAGAGGAUUUCCUCUCUUGUCUCUCUUCUUAUUCGGACAAAUUCUCCGCAUCGUCCUCCGAAGAAGCCGAAGCACAGAACUUUGAAAGCAACAUCCUCGGCUUUGAGAAAUCCUUCGAUUCAUCUGUUGAAAAAAACAUAAAGCCCUCAGAAUCGGAAGAUGACAUUACUGACAGGUCCACUGGCCUGUCUUUAGUCGACGUAGCCCAGCACACUGUUAUUCAGCACAGGGACGGUGAUGAAAAGGCAGAUUUACAGGGUUCAGAGGGGUCUUUGGCACCGGAGACCCCAGUGCUCACACAUCAGCAGCCUGUGAUCGCUGCAAGAGAGACAGGUGAGGAUGCACUUACUCAGGCACCAAACCUUUCCAAUGUCACAUACUCUGACUUACCAAAACUCUCAGAACUACAGCCAAAACCAGACGUCUCUUUACAGCCUGACAAUGAAAAUGGAGAGAAAGGCAUAGGGGAAUUCAGGGGAUCUGUAGAGGAUUUUUCAAAAGUGUUAAAUGAUUCCUCACGAUCUGUAAGUAACACUUUGGAUGUGAUGACUCCUACGACUCCAGAUGAUAAACUCUGCUCCACACACCCAUCACUAUACAUCAUAACCUCCUCCCCUGAUGUGAGGCAGAGUUUGUCGGACUCUCCCGUUGAGAGCACUAGUUUAGGUCCUAUACCAUCCAGGCUUUUUGGUGAUUUCCUCAACACCAGUCGCAUUGCGAACAGUCCCAGCCAAGACUUUGACGACACAGUGUUGCACUCUCAAGUGCCAGAUCUGAGCACCAGCAGCUUUCUCCAAAGCCUUUAUGUCAGCACCGACUCGCAGGAUUACCAAACUUGUGUGUCUCACCCGUCCAGCAAAUGCUCCAGCGGCUCGGAUCCAAACGAGACGCUGCACUCUGUGAACUCAACGCUCUGUGGUGAGCUGAGUGAGAUUCAGACGACUGCGGAUGCUUCUUUGGGGCAGGAAGAUUCCACCAACGCUUGCAAGCCAUGUAAUGAAGAAAUCAACCAGACCGACCAAUCUGAAGAAUCCUUCUGUGGAGCCGAGGACAAGACGACGACUCUUGAGCCAAGUGUCACGAUAGGGGAAAACUUCGGUUUACUCCCUGCGGCACCGACGGACUCUUACAUGAGCUGCAAUCCAAGGAAGCUCAUCGAACCAGGUGUGGUAAGCCAGCAUGUCGUCUUAGGUGAUGUGUUCUCGAAAUGCCCUCAGGCACAAAACGCUACACUACACCGCUCCCAGUCCGAGGACAUACUGACACCUACCUUUGACGAACUCCUCCUGCCCUCCUUUGGGAGUGAUCCCGGUGCGAUACAGGAGUCCUCCUCAGCUCAGCUUGGCCCUGACCUCCCCUCCCUGGCCACCUUUGCUCCCUCUCUCACUCCUCAAAGUAGUAGCUCCCCUGUAGCGCUCUGUUCCCUCCCUCCUCUUGCUAACGCUACGGCGAAGUCACCACCCAGCACGGCACCAGCUGCGGCGCCAAAGCCAAUGCUUCAGGAGACACAGCAGCAGCAGCAGGCAGCCAAUCAGCAGAACAGCCCCCACCCAGUGAAGCCCCUGACCACUGCCAUACUGGCUGAAGAGAAGCGGACGGAGGGCCGGUCAGUGCUGGCCACCGGCCUGGAGAAACUCAAGUCCACCAUCCACCCAGGGAGGAGCAGCCAGCUCAGCGAGCAGGACACAGACAGGAAGAAGUCUGUGACCGAGGGCGCGGGCUCGUACUACCACCUGACCCACAGUGAGCUGGUGGCCCUGCUGGUGCAGCGGGAGGCCGAGCUGCAGAGGCAGAAGGCGGAGUUUGAGCGUCAGAAAUCUCUGCUGGCCAAGCGGGAGGUGGAGCUGAAGAAGUUGAAGCCGCAGGUCAAAGAUCUGGAGGACUACAUUGACACGCUGCUGGUGCGCAUCAUGGAGCAGAAGCCCACUCUCCUGCAAGUGCGCUCCAAGUUAAAGUGACUAAGGGGGAGGGGGAGGGUUAGCAGUUGUGUUCACUCUGUCCUCCACAACAGCUCUUUAGUCUUUUCACUGCUAUGCUGUCCUUUUUGAUACAAAUAUCUAGGCACUGAGAGAUGUCGAGGCCAUGUUUUCCAGCCGGCAUGCUUUAACUGUGCUGAAACACACACACGUCCUGGCAGAAGGCUUUGGUUGGGGCGGUUCUCAAUGUAGCGGGUCCUCAGGUUGUUUUCAGGUUCACACAGCCAGUUGGUUUCGAGCUCACAGAGGAGAGCCCAGAUGCUUCCAUUUUGGGAUCCUGAUUGUAGAAACAUUGAUUCCUCCUUUUCACCUCACUCCUAUCACCUUAUCACAAAAGAGAGAAAUGGUAGAGUUUCAGUCCAUGACACUGUAUAUACAACUAACUCCUCACAAAGUUGUUUUUUUUUUCUCCAAAAAAUGUUCUCAAAAAGUGUUGCAGUUCUGUAGAGAAAGGAGAGCGAACAACGUGAAGGGCCACUCUGGUGGUUUUGCAUGUUUCAGACCAUUAACCACAAAUUGCAUACACUUUAAGUCAAUGCUGGGCAUUUGUGUAGCGUAUACCAUCAGGUUUAGAUUGAUUUUAUACCUUCCAGGCAGCCAUUGGUUUCACUUCAUUUCAGUGCAGAUGCAGCAUUGAAUUCAAUUUGCAGAGACCUGAAACCUGCUCAAGACCUUUUUCAAAAUAGUGCAACAUGCAAGAUUCAGUUACCAGAAAACCUUGCUGUCACAAACUGUUUUGUAGGUCUGCAACUAUUGUUGUAAGACAAAGAAAAGCUGCAAAUCCUGAUAAUCUGGGAAGAUGGAAAUACAGUAUCAAAUGUUUGGCAUUUUGGCUUGAAAACUGGUUGAAACAAUUAAAGGUCCUAUGACAUGCUGCUUUUUGGAUGCUUUUAUAUAGGCCUUAGUGGUCCCCUAAUACUGUAUCUGAA